AGGGAAGCUCCCCGCAGCCCCACUGCCAGCGCAGCCCCAGAUGGAGCUUUCGGAGGGUGGAUUCGGCCAGCUGGAAGCCAUUUUGGAAUCUAACAGCAGCCCAGAUUCAGAGGAAGAGGAAGAGGACCAGGAGGCAGCUCUUCUCCAGGAGAGGGAGGAGGUGGAGGAAAAGCUGCAGGAAUAUGAGCAAGCUUCUCAGGCGGUGCUGGCAGAGCUCUCCCUGCUGGAGGCCGAAUACGAAAUCGAGAAGACGUGCCGCGAGCAGGCGGAAGCCUACGCAGCCCAGGUGAGUGCCGAGAACCACAAGCUGAAGCGGAUCAGCGUGGCUUUUGCCGCCCGUGCUUUGCUGCCCGGGGACCUCCUGGGCCGUGGUGAAGCGGAGGAACCCACUGCCGAAGCAGCCGAGGGUCCGGUGGAUCCGUACGUGCAGCUGGUCAAAGCCCUCCAAGGCAAGAUUUCCCAGCUGCUGGGCGAGAAGGAGGAGCUGAGCAUGCGAGUGAGGCAGCUCCAGGAGCAGCUGGAAGAGGAACGGUCUGAGAAGCAGGCCCUGCAAGGCCUGGUGAGGCGAGGCCAGGAGGCGGUGAGGAAUUUCAAAGAAGCGGUCCGCCUGGUCACCAAGGAGUACGGGAAGGUGUCACAGCAGCUGGGCCUGGAGGAGGAGCUGAGGCAGCAAGCAGAGGUCUUCGCCCGCCAGAUGCUGGUGAAGCAGGAGGAGGCCAACCGGCAGAGCACGAUCCUGAUGCAGAACGUGGGGCCCGACCUGCAGCUCCUCCGGGCCCUGGACGAGGUGGCCACGGCGACCCGGGCGCUGGAAGAGGCCAAGCAGGCGCACCAGGAGAAGGUGAAGGAUCUGGAGGCCCAGUUAGCCGAGCGGCCGCAGCGGGAAGAACUGUGUCGGCUCCAGGCGGCCCUGGCUGCAGCGGAGGAGGAGAAAGCGUGCCUGGAGGAGCGAUUGCUCCAGUUGGAGGAGAGAAAGGCCGCGCUGGAGCAGAGAGUGAAAUCCCUGGAAGAGAAGGCGAAGGUGACGGAAGAGGCCCCGGCUCCCAAGGAAGCCCCCUUGCCUCCCCCUCCGCCCCCCCCUCCGCUGCCUCCACCAACCUGCACGGCUCACGUGGACCCCCUGACGGCCAUCCGACAGCGGAAGGGAGUGCGGCCAGUGAAGCAGGGGGCAAGCAAGCCUGGCCUGGACGAGGUGAAGGCCAGAGCAGUGGACGAGAUGAUCGCCCGCAUCAAGAGCGGGGUGGCGCUGCGCCCCGUGGGGAGCAAGCGAUCGUCUGCUGCGUCGACCAAGCGAAGAAGCGCAGCGCUGGAGCUCCAGAGCCUCCUGAGCACUAAAACGGGGCUGGCCAGGAGACCAACCCGGCAGAGGCGCAGCCAGAAGAACAACCUUGCAAGCAACCAGCUGGCCUCCAUCCUGCAGAGGCGCCGGCGCAUCGUUGACUGCCCCGCCGAGGCUCAGGCCCCGCAGAAGCCGUCUGCCACGGCCACAGGAUGCCAGCCAGCCACCGACGCCCAGGGGACCGAGGUGGGGGGCGCCCGCUGCUCCCCAGAGCCAGAGCCAGUGAGGAAGCCUCAUGCCCAUCUGCAGAGCUCCACGAGCCCCGGCACGUGUCUGCCAGGUGACCCCGACAGGCCUGCAGCGGAGGGCCCCCCACAUCCGGGAGAGAAGCGCUGCGCCGUGUCCGGGCCCCAGAAGAGAGCAGCCUCUCUUCAGGUGAGCAGGAGGGUCCAGCCCAGCGCAGGGGCCCACGCCGAGGAAAAGCAGGGCAGCUCAAGCGCCUACCUGGCUCGCAGGAGCACAUCCCACGCCACCUGGGAAUGACGAAGGGGUGAGGACAAGCACAGUGGCGACACGGGGCCCAUCGCCACACCUUCUGCGGCCUCCAGCGCUCGGUUCCCUGGGCCUCGCAUUGCCAGGUCAUUGCAAUGGGGCAGCACCGGAGAACUGGCAUUGCCUUAGUCUGGAGCAGUCGGCUCCCUUGAUGGACACAGGCCUUCAAAACCACAUGCAGCGGCUAUAAACAGGCAGGCAACAGUGCAACCUUUGGCGAGCCGGCUGGAGCCGGGGGUCAGACUAGAUGGCCCGGGAGCCCCCUUCUCUGUUUCUGUGUUUCUAUCUCACAGCUGCUCCACUUGAUGCAAAAAGCCUGUGCCUGUUGAGAAAGGGAUGAGACAACCUUGCACUUCCUGGCUGCAUCCGGGUAGGCUGGGGACAAGAAAACGGGGUCUGUAACAGGUAGCAACCUUCUUUAUGAUCUUGGGACACCAGUGCAAAGUAACCAAAGACACACUACUGGAGAUCAGAUCUUGGGUUAGCUGUCAACUGUAACCUCAUUAACUCCGGAAAGCAUUUGAGGGAAAUAGCCUAAUGCCUCUGGUAUAGCCAUAAAUCACAGGUGCUGGAGGGGAAAAUACUUAACUGAAGAAUCAACAAGUGUAGCCCAAAUGUUGAAAACGCGCUUAUCGGCUACUUAGCGGCCUGCAGUGGAAUAUCCACGCUGAAUCCGAGCCAAUAAACGCCCUGUUCGCGGGAUGCUUCUUUCCUCGC